GUCAUUAACAGAAUAUAAAUUAUUGUUUAAAUAUUUUUAUUAUUAGUAUCUUGCCUUGAAUACGAAAAUGUCAGGUAUUAUUAGGCUUUCCUGUCUUGUUUUUGGUGACCCCAUUGAAAAUGCCUUUACAGUCAAGGUUGAUAAGGAUGAGACCAUUAGCGAACUUAAAGAAAUUAUCAAAACGAAGAAGCAAAACACAUUCAAUGAUGUUGAUGCAAAUGAGCUUAGCCUCUGGAAAAUUAAUGCGUCUCUUGACGAGCUGAACCAAUUCAUUUGCAAAAAUGACACCGACAUCAAAACAAUUGGAGAAAAGUUGUUCCCAUUGAACAAGGUUGGCAAGGAAUUCCCCGAACCUGCUGGUGAACGCGUUCAUGUAAUUGUUCAGCAUAAUAAGGCAUCAAUCUCAAUUGCCGAGAAGAUUAAAGAACUCGAAACAAAAUUGAAUUCAAUAAAUACCAGUUGUUCAAAUUGUUCUUGUUCAAAUAGUUCAUCCACCUUGGUUGUUAAUAAUCUUCGAGCUGAUACGAUCAGUUGCAAAUAUAUCAGGUUUUUUGAUGAUUAUUGUGAACGCUGGCAAAUAGCAUACGAGAGUAGGACUGCAUUGGUCUUUCGUGAUCAUUGUGGCGAGGGUGAUAAAAGAUACGCUAUGCCGAACAAUAUAUUCAAAGAUCUCUAAUGAAAAAAAAAAUCAUUUUAUUAUAUAUAAUAAAGUUGACAUCAAUUUUUUACUAUUAUGGAACAGUGUAUAAAUUAUUAGUAUAGCAUUGGUCUUAAAAAACACUGAUAAAGUGAUGGUAGAACAUCAUCAUUAAUGUGGUGCAUAUUGGUAUACUCCUCAUAAGUACCAUUAUAACCCGUAAAACCACCGAUUGACAUAAUAAAUACAGUUAGUUAUAUUGUGCUUCGAUUUAAUGAUUUAUAGAUUUAUAGCAAUUUAUAGAAAUUUAUAGAAAUUUUAGUGAUUUAUGGCGAGAAAAUAUCAUGAUCUAAAUUUAUACGGAAUCAAGUAAAUAUAAAACUUUAAUUACACUUAUGUGAUUCGUUUUUAUUUAGGGGAAUGAAGUGAUAUAG